AAAAAUGGCGGUAGAACUUGCUGUCAGAGUCUUUGCAGGAACGUCUCAAAAUUUUGACUAAAUGUGAAUGAAAAAACCUUUUAGAAAUAUUCAAAAUGGCGUCCCAGGCAUCUAUGCAAGACACUCUAGACAAGUUGAAUGAAACUUUGCCUGUACGGCUCACUGCUGGCGACUUAGAAUACAACCCUGAGUUUGUAAAGCUCUUGGUAGCAUUGUGUAGGCAUGUUGAUGAAAAAGGAACGAGUACGAGAACUAUAAAAGAGUAUGACAAGGUCAAAGAAAAUCUAGAAGAAAAGAAAAGGAAAUACCUUCAAGUGAAUACAUUAUACACCGAAAUAAAAGACAUUCUAAUGGAUUAUACGAUGACCAAACAGGAGAGCAGAAACUCCAAUACUGAGAACCAAGUCUACAAUGCCCUACAAACAAGUCUAUCUAGUGCAGAGGCAAUUGAUUACUUAGAUUUCACUCCAGAAGGAGAUAACAAUGUCACUUUACUUGGUUUAAAGCCUGAUGCUCUAUUGCCAAAUACUGCACAUUUAAGAAGCCAACAACAGUCAUUUCAGCAGUAUGUUAUUCCUGAGCUGGAAUCAAGGAUGAAGUCCAAAUGUGAAUUGAUAGUCAACGUUCAUGAUCCAAGCACAAAUAAUGAGAGUGGAGGAUUAUCUUUAGCCAAAGCAGGACAGCUGCCUGCACUGCUGGYAAAAGAGAAACAAACACUUAAAGACGAAAAAAGAAAAUUGUCCUUUGAUCGCAUCAAGAGAGAMAAGCAGUUCAGACAUUAUUACCAGUCUCUCCUUCAGUCUCUGACAAUACUGGAACAGYUGAUCAGCAAGCACAGACUACAGGCUCAACUGGAAUAUGACAAUAUAACUACAAGCUGGCUGGCAGCAAAAUGUGAUGCAAUGUGCCUUAAAAUCAAGGUGUUGCAGAAUCAG